AUGUCGUCGUCCGUGUUCUUCAAGUUCAAGUCCCAGAGAGAACCAUCUAGAGUGGAGUUUGAUGGUACUGGUAUCUCUGUUUUUGAACUGAAGCGUGAUAUUAUCAUCAAGAGCGGCCUAGGUGACGGAACAGAAUUCGACCUCGCAAUCUACAAUGAAGAUGGCAAUGAAGAGUACGAUGACGAUACUACAAUUAUCCCUCGAUCGACUUCAGUCAUUGCCCGUCGGUUACCACCCAUCAAGCCUGGAGCAGGCCGAGCCGCAAGGUACAUGUCAGGUAAAAUGCCUGUCAGUAUGAAGAACUCCUCUCGUAAGGAACAGUCAUCCAGCAAGCCGACUGCAAAAUCUACCACUACAACCAUACCCACCCAGAUGAACAGUGCCAUGACCGAAGAACAACGCAUAGCAGCCAUGUUCGAAACCCAAAACGAACAAUGGUCUACACAACAAGAAGAGAUGGCAAAUCAAACCCCAGUGUUUCGACCUGGCGGUAAGAAAAACCAAGCUGCCGCAAAUGUUCCAGCCCAUGAUCCUCCAGUCGGAUACAUUUGUUAUAGAUGUGGAGAGAAAGGACAUUGGAUUCAGCUUUGUCCUACGAACGACGACCCAAACUUUGAUAAUAAGCCUCGAGUGAAGCGGACUACGGGUAUUCCAAAAUCAUUUUUGAAGACUGUGGAAAAGCCGGCCGCUCUCAUCAAUGAUGGAACAACGGAUGACACAAAGCUACCAUCAGGUGUUAUGGUUAAUGCUGACGGAGACUUUGUUGUUGCGGAGCCAGAUAAGGCGUCUUGGGAAAAGUUUCAGGCAAAGACCAAAUCUUCCGCUGCUGCACAAGAGAAGGCUGCUGCUGGGAACAAGGAAUUACAGGAUAGAGGUCUGGAGUGUUCUAUCGACAAGAAAAUCUUUAUAGACCCAAUGAAGACGCCAUGUUGUGAGAAGACGUAUUGCAAUGAUUGCAUUACUAAUGCUCUUAUCGAGACCGACUUUACAUGUCCCGGGUGCCAGAGCGAUGGAAUUCUGAUUGAUGAUCUUAAGCCUGACGUUGAGACAUCUGCAAAGAUUAAGGCCUAUCUCGAUGAGAUGACCGCUGCUAAGAGGGAAAAGGAAAGGGCGGAGAAGGCGAGAUCCAAGAGCCCAAGUGUAAAGACCGAGUCUACACCUGCAGUGGAAGAGACAAAGAAAGCCAAAUCAAAGUCACCAUCACCAAAAUUACCCGUACAAGUCCAAUCCCCAGCAAACUCACCAUUACCAGCGAAAUCAACCAUCAACCCUGAAAAGGCCCCCGUAAAGGAAACUUUGGCUCCUGCUGCCAAGAAGAGACCGGCAGAUCAAUUACUUGAGAAUCCCAAAAUCCCCAAAGCCCCCAAGGCAAUGCAGCAACAAGAAGCACAGAAGCAAGCGAUGCUGCAACAACAAGCCAUGAUGAACGGCAUGCCGGCCUUCCCCAACAUGGCCAUGCCCUUCGACAUGUCGCAGAACUUCUACGGCGCUGCCAACGGUGGCAUGAACCUGAACCCCAUGAUGAACGGCUUUGGCAUGAAUCCUAUGAUGAACCCAAUGAUGAACUUUGGCGGGUUUCCUAAUAACAGCAUGAAUAUGUAUAAUAAUGGUGGGGGAGGUGGAUACGGCGUCGGCGGGAAUGGGAAUAUGAUGAAUGGCGGUGGCCAGGGAAAUCACAUGAAUGGGAACGGAAAUCAGCACGCAAACAUGAAUGGCAAUGGCAACCGCGGUGGUGCCACUGGUGUCGGAGGCGGGUUUUCCAACCAGCAGAAGACCGUCUUUGCGGACCCGUUGCCAAAUGAGGAGGAUAAUGCGUAUUUCCGCAAACCAGUCAAUCCGCAUCGACAUCAGGGACGGCAGCGUAGAACGCGGCCGAGUGAUUAUCGGGAGCUGUAA